UGAACGGCGCUGGGCUGCUGAGGAGGAGAGCGUAGUCCGGUGUGCGCGUGACAGGUGAACCUCGCGUGCAGAAACCGCGGGAAAAUCAGCACUGUUUGGAAACUGGGAACCCCGAUUCUUCUUGUUUACUUCAGGACUCGCAGAAUGACGUCUUUGGGGAGCGUUUUCUUUCUCUUGCCUGUUGCUUUCCAUCUCCCUCAUCAUCGCCUGUUUCGUCCGGAAUUAAAGCCGGUUUUCUGUGACUACCAGCAGAAGCGCCGGUGAAACCAACAUAAACAUCAUCAACUCAUCAACUUCAACUCAUCUUCUAAAGCUAAGUAUAUUUCUUUGUUAUAAUGGCCCCAGCAGGAGCUUUAUAUCCAUGUUCCGAGUGCAACAUGUUCAGUUAUUCCUUCUCCGUGUUUAGUGAUAACUUUAUAUGUGAUAAGUGUAGAUUAGUUGUUAGUCUGACGGAGAAGAUUUCAGUGUUAGAAGGGCGCAUUCGGGCGUUAGAACAGACUACUACUAGUGAGGGCUUAGAUUCAGCUGUAGCAGUCCCGAAUGCCAGCAGUUCAGGUAUAGAACCCCAGACUCCGGCAUUAGAGCCGGACUGGGGCGACUGGGUGACAUCUCGGCGACAUAGUCGUAGGGCAAAGCACCGACCAUCUCAGUUGCACGUGUCCAACAGGUUUUCCCCACUCAGUGAGCCACCCGCUGAGAAGCCUGUUAAUGUAAGUGCUCUGGUUAUAGGAGAUUCUCAGCUCCGACACGUGCGUAUUGCAACCCCCAUAGAGACACCAGCAACCAUAGUCACUUGUAUUCCGGGGGCCAGGGCGCCUGACAUCAGAGCAAAUCUAAAAGUGCUGGCUAAUGCUAAUCGUAGAUUUUCGAAGAUUGUUAUCCACGUCGGCACUAAUGAUAUUCGUUUACGGCAGUCUGAGGUUACUAAGAGUAAUGUUAAAGAGGUGUGUGAGUUAGCUAGGUCGAUGUCUGAGGCAGUAGUGUGCUCUGGCCCCUUACCGAUUCGACCCAGUGGCGAAACCUACAGCAGGUUGUUGUCGCUGAACCGCUGGAUGUCUAAAUGGUGCUCAGAAAACUGCAUUGAUUUUGUAGAUAACUGGUCCACCUUUGAGGGAAGGCCUGGUCUUUUGAAGCGGGAUGGUGUCCACCCCACGUGGGAGGGUGCUGCUCGCAUUUCUUGCAGCAUAGGUGACAGGCUUUACCACCGCGUUAGUGUAGCGGCAGAUAGUGUUAAAUGACUAUCCAGAGCCAAGACCAGGCAGCAGACAAACAGGCCUAACCAACUGUCUGCGAGUCGCCAUCGGACAUCACCUGGAAUCCUUAGGUCACAAACCAUUGAGACUGUGUCUGUUUACCGUGGCAGGUGUAAGCCAAAACAAAAUCAAAAAGUAUGUCAUAAGAACUUAAUUAAAAUUAAUCUAAAUGAGCAUCAUGAAAACCCUAGUAAAGUUAAACUAAAGUUAGGACUUCUAAACAUCAGGUCACUUGCAUGCAAAACAGUAAUUGUAAAUGAAAUAAUUACAGAUAAUAGUCUUAGUGCACUUUGUUUAACCGAGACCUGGGCUAGACCUGAUGAGUAUCUAAGUUUAAAUGAAGCAUCUCCUCCGGGUUACAGUUAUGAACAUAAGCCACGUCUUAGCGGUCGUGGUGGAGGAACAGCCACAAUUUAUGAUAAAGACAUAGGUCUUACUGUAAAAUCAUCUCCCAUAACA